CGAAGAGGACAUUUCCCCAGAGCUUGGGAGCUCCCCUCCCUGCAGGACAACGAAGAGGACAUCUCCCCACAGCGAGAUGACAGCCAUCCUGGAGCGGAUCAGCACGUUGUCCCUCAGUGGGCAGCAUCUCAGCCGCCUCCCCAGGCUGCUGGAGGAUGGUUUCCCCAAAAUGCCUUGUACGGUCAAAGAGUGCGAGGUACCACAGCUCUUCCGUGAGCCCUACAUCCACACCGGCUACCGUCCCACCGGCCAGGACUGGAGGUACUACUUCUUCAGCCUCUUCCAGAAGCACAAUGAGGUGGUCAACGUGUGGACUCACCUCCUGGCAGCGCUGGCCGUGCUGCUGAGAUUCAAGACGUUUGUGGAGGCUGAGGAGCUACCCGUGGACGCGUGGUCCUUGCCUUUGCUCAUCUUUGUCCUCUCCUCCGUCACCUACUUGACCUGCAGCCUCUUGGCUCACCUGCUCCAGUCCAAAUCGGAGCUGUACCACUACACCUUCUACUUCGUGGACUACGUUGGAGUCGGCAUCUACCAGUAUGGCAGUGCCCUGGCUCAUUUCUACUACAGCUCCGACCAAGCCUGGUAUGACAAGUUCUGGCUUUUCUUCCUGCCGGCAGCUGCUUUCUGUGGCUGGUUGUCUUGUGCCGGCUGCUGCUACGCGAAAUAUCGGUACAGACGGCCUUACCCCAUCAUGAGGAAGAUGUGCCAGGUGAUCCCAGCCGGGCUGGCCUUCAUCUUGGAUAUCAGUCCUGUGGCUCACCGGGUGGUUGUGUGCCACCUGGGGGGCUGUGAGGAAGAUGCUGCUUGGUACCACACGUACCAGAUACUGUUUUUCCUCAUUAGCGCUUAUUUUUUCUCCUGCCCGGUCCCUGAGAAGUACUUCCCUGGCUCCUGCGAUAUUGUUGGCCAUGCCCAUCAGAUCUUCCACGCCUUCCUGGCCAUCUGCACCCUGUCACAGCUGGAGGCCAUUCUUUUGGAUUACAAGAACAGGCAGGAGAUUUUCCUGAAGAGACACGGGCCUUUCUCCGUUUAUCUCGCCUGCAUCUCCUUUUUUGGCCUGGUGGCUUGUAGUGCCAUCACAGCUUACAUCCUGCGAUGCAGGAUCAAGGCCAGCCUGGCUAAAAAGGACUCCUGAGGAGUCACCAACGUGACAGGUGUGACAUCACCAGGGUGGUGAAAAUCAAGAAGAGGGGCAUAACAUAUUAGAGACUGUCUUACUUGCCUAACACGCUGUGACUAACCAGGACCCUGGGCUCGGGUGGAGGGCUGGAGACUUCAUGCUGGAUGCAUUUUCACAGCAGGGAGUGCCUUUCGCCAUCCAGGGGGGACAUGGGGAGUUUGAAGCCAGAACAAUUCAUUUAACCAAGGAUGCUGGAAUAGGCAGAGGUUUCUUGUUCGUUCUGGUAAACCUGUGGGUGAUAAUCUUGCUGAAUGUCAGUCAGGGAGGGCAACCUGAAGGCUGUGGGGCUGUAGAAGGGUCUGCCAGGGCUAACAGCACAGUGGAGAACGCACUGUGAGGACCACAGCUGGAUGUGAUGAGACCUCUCUGGGUUUUGCCAUUUCUGGGAAACCUGUUGCUAUCAAAGGCAGUAGCAAGGUUUCAGGAGGAGUCUGCAUUUCUGGAGUUCAGCUGCAAGGGCAUGUGUGACACAGUGGCUGGUAUAAUCCUUCUCUUGGUCCACCUGGGCUAAGCCUGGUUCUCUCUACUGUCCCCUUGUCAAGUAUCUCAACACCAGGUUGCUGAGGUGGCUUUGGCAAAGCAUGGUUGAAGACUUAGGCCUGACCUGGGGUCCUCUAGGAGGAAAUGGGUCUGAACCUGAGCCCUGUGUCUGCUGGUGACUGGUGUGGGUCCAGCACAGAGAUGUUAGGUCAGUUCCAUCUUCUCUUUCUGUAUGACUGCACCAUCUACAGUGGAGCUCCUCAAAACCAAGGAGUCACGCCGUCCCAAGGAUUACUAACAGGAGAUGGGGUCUUUCUCAGCAUGAAUUUGAUCUAAGGUAAUGUUAGUCCUGAUGGCUGUUUGAUAGCCUACAAGACAGGUCUUCAAAGGUUCCUAAUUUUCAUUUUAAGUGCUUAGUUGCCUUUGAGGAGCUGGGUCUGAGUCAGGUUGGAGAUGGUUUUGAGCCCUCCUCAGUAGCAGUGGCAGAGGCUGAGCACCCCUGAGGCCAUCCUGGCCCUGAGAGGAGACAUGCUUUUGAUGCUGGGUGCAUCAUUUUGGCUGUCUGUGUGAUGGGUUCAUGCAUUCCUUCAUGGAUUGACUCUAUCAUCUGUCUAAGGAGUCUGACUGCCCUCCAACGCUGUCCAUGCAGUGUAGAGCAACUUGGGUGUGACCUGUCUGAUACAGGAAAGGUUCGGGGCCGUGGGCCUCCAACAGCCCUAUUGUGGUCAUGGCCAAAAGGGUACGAAAGUGAAAGGGUGUGAAAGGGUAUGAAAGUGUGAAAGUCUUUAUUCCCCUCUCAGUGGUGCUUUUCGGGACACCAAGAAGUCCUUGGUGGGCCUUGUGGGAAAGCUGACCUUGAAGCUGCAGGGUUACUUUUCUCUGACCAAUGGGGUUGUGAAUCUGGCAUGUUUUUAUCAGCAUUAGAAGAAGGUAGAAUGGCUAAAGGCAGGAGCAGGGUGAUGGUAUUAGGGUCCUAUGCAACCUGGGGACGGGUUUGUCCUUGAGACUUGGUGAUUCCUGUGUGAAGUAGCAAAAAUAUUGGUCAGGGACACUUAAUGUCCAUGGGUCAGUCCUGCCCAAGGUAUAGAAAGGGUUGGUUUACUGCGGCCCCCGCUAGAUGAGUCUCUUCUGUGCUUGUUUGUGGGGGAACAUCAGAUGCUGAGCCACACUGUUGCACUGAAGUUGGCAGCACUUGCAGGUCAGGAUGCUCAGAGCCAAUGCAGAGAUAUGGUCCGUGCAGCCCAGACACCUUCUGCUUCACCCACUGCUUGCUUUCCACGGUAAAUCCUGGCAUGGCUCCUUCCAGCUAUAAAGACCCGCAACCUCAAAGGCCUUGACAUCUGGCAAAUUCCUGAGAGGUAUAAAUUUUUGUGGAAAGCAGGGAAGCCAUGGGAUCUAUUCCAGCCACAGAUUUGUCUCGCUGAAUCCAAGGGCAGGCAGGUGAAUUGUGGUCGCUGGUCUGAGCAGGCAGAGUUUAGAGUUGGGGAUAUGAUUCGUCACGAUAAGCACUGAUUUCUGCACUUGAUCUGUUUGUUU